AUGGUGGCAGGGCUGCCGGGCGGCGGUGCCCGACGGGGAACCGUGCCGGGCGCCUGGCUGUGCGCGCUGGCGCUGCUGCAGCUGCUGAGCUCGGCCCCGCGGGGCUUGGGGCUGGCGCACGGCCGUCGGCUCAUCUGCUGGCAGGCGCUCCUGCAGUGCCAGGGAGAACCGGAGUGCAGCUACGCUUACAGCCAGUACGCCGAGGCGUGCGCGCCGGUGCUGGCGCAGAGACCCGGGGGCGAAGGGCCCGGGGCUGUGCCCGCUGCCGCCGCAGCCUUCCCGGCUUCGGAUGCCGCCGUUGCAGCCGCCGCCGCCGCCGCCGCCGCCGCCUUCCCGUCUCGCUGGCGCUGCCCGAGCCACUGCAUCUCGGCGCUCAUUCAGCUCAACCACACGCGCCGCGGGCCCGCCCUGGAGGACUGUGACUGCGCGCAGGACGAGAACUGCAAGUCCACCAAGCGCGCCAUUGAACCGUGCCUGCCCCGCACCAGCAGCAGCAGCGGCGGCGCGGGCGGCGCGGGUGCAGCGGGCGGCGGAGGCGUGAUGGGUUGCACCGAAGCCCGGCGCCGCUGCGAUCGCGACAGCCGCUGCAACCUGGCGCUCAACCGCUACCUGACCUACUGCGGGAAACUCUUCAACGGGCUCCGCUGCACCGACGAGUGCCGCACGGUCAUCGAGGACAUGCUGGCCGUGCCCAAGGCCGCGCUGCUCAACGACUGCGUGUGCGACGGCCUGGAGCGGCCCAUCUGCGAGUCGGUCAAGGAGAACAUGGCCCGGCUCUGCUUCGGCACCGAGCUGGGCAACGGUCCCGGCAGCAGCGGCUCGGACGGAGGCUUGGACGACUACUACGACGAUGAGUACGAGGAGGAGCCGCGCCACGGGGGCGCCGGAGGCGAGCAGCCGCUGGACGACGAGGACGGCGUGGCGGCCGGGGCUCGCCCGGGCGGCGGCGCUGUUGCGGCGGGUGGCUUGGGCGACCUGCCCUAUGGCUCCGGCCGCCGAAGCAGCAGCAGCAGCAGCAGCAGCGGUAGCAGCUGCAAGCCCGGAGCCGCUGGCACGCCGGGGGUCUCCAUCUUGCUGUUGCUGCUGCUGUUGGUCCCGCCGAUGCUUUAG